CGCUUUCCCAGAAUCCCAUUCGUAAGAAAGGCGUGUAACUACUGCAGCUUGUAUUUAACCAUAUCUCUGGUUAACCUACGCCAGGAUUCCCCGAGCUUUUGCAUCUCGUUGCCGGCGCGGCUAGCGCUAGUGCGGCAUAUUGUGCGCAAGCAGUGUGAUUGCAGUGCAGUACGGAGUGUUUAUGUGGGUUAUUGAAACGUCAGUGUAACCAACAAGAUGUCGGACUUUGAGCCAAUCUCAGACGCAGAAAAGGUUAAAAUUGCAUCAGAUUUCAUUACCCAUGCACCUCCAGGAGAGUUCAGUGAGGUAUUCAAUGAUGUCAGGAUUUUGAUAAAUAAUGACCAUCUUCUCAGUGAAGCAGGAGAAUCAUUUGCCAAAUACAACAAGGACCAAUUCACACCAGCCAGCAUUGAUGGAGUAGAAAGACCAGCUUUAGUCACACAAUUCAAUGAUUUACCGAAUGGACGCUUUCUAGACCCUGAUUCCAAGCAGACCUUCAAGUUUGACCACAUGAGGAAAGUGGUGACUGACGUAGAGCCUGCUACUAACAUUGAUACCACUUCAGAACCAUGGAGGAUAGCAUUGUCUCAUUCUCUAGCAGGUUACAUCAAGGAUCAUUUUCCUAAUGGAAACAGUGCAGCGUAUGGCAGGAGUAAAGAUAAGAAGGUCAUCCUUGUGGCAUGUAUUGAACAUCACUUGUUUCAGCCAGCCAACUUCUGGAAUGGUCGCUGGCGAUCUCAGUGGUCAGUGACCUUUGACCCAUCAUGUGGGUCAGUCGAGGCAGGUGGACUCAUCAAGGUUCAAGUACACUACUAUGAAGAUGGAAAUGUCCAGCUAGUCAGUCAUAAGGAAGUCAAGUUCCCCCUUGAAAUCUCAACGCCAGAGAACACAGCAGCAGCAUUUGUGAAAGCAAUCUCACAUGCAGAGGAAGUUUACCAAUCAACCCUGACUGAGGACUAUGCUACAAUGUCCGAUACAACAUUUAAGGCACUCCGAAGGGCACUGCCGAUCACCAAAACCAAGGUCGACUGGAAACAAAUUAGUCAAUACGACAUUGGCAAAAAGCUCAACCAGUCCCAGUAAUAAGAACUUUUUAGCCCCCAUUUUGGCAUUGUCAUGCCUUAAAGAAUCGCAAUUCACACCUCUAUUUCCUCCCUUGGAUAAUUUUUUUUUUACAGCAAGUUAUCAUUUAUCUGUAUGUAUAUCUAAAUAUAUAUAGUGCACCAUUGGAUCUUGUCCUUGCCGCAUUUCGUCACCAUAUGUAUUUUUUGUGAUGUGACGAAAUAUGGGAACCUCUAAACAUUCUCUUUUGUAUGGUUUUAGUUACAUUUUGUGAAAUAUAAAGCAUAUUUGAUCCUUAAGACUCUCAUGUAUGCAAAGUUAACUCCCUGUUUUCCAAGAGCACCUCUUUUUAAAGAUAUCUGUUCGCUGAUUGAUUUGUGGAAGACUUUGCAGACAUAAAUCCAAAUGUGUAUAUCAUCAGGAGAUAAACGUCAUUAGUUUUUUGUAGAAUCAAUUGCUAAGAUGUAAAUGUGAUUGGUAAAACACACUGUUAUCUUGAAUGUUGCCUCUUUUCUAAUACACCCUACAAAACACGUGAUGUAGUUCUACGAUCAGUAUCCAGAUACUGGCCUUAAAAUUUAUCAUAAUUUCAGAACUCUUCUGUAUCUUCAUUUCUUGAUAGGUAACAUUGCAGCUACAUGCAGUUCCAUCUUGUUGUUUUGAUGGAUAUCUUUCUCUUGAAGCCAAUGAUAUACCUUUAGGCAACUAGGGAAAUAAAAUUUAAAGUACUUAUUGUUUCCAUAGAGUGAUUAUAUUAUAUAGCUAGCUUGAUUUUUUUUUUUCAUCAUUUAUCUACUCAAAGAUAGGCCCAUAAUGGGCCUUAUAUUUGUUCAUGUAGUUAUGGAGAGUUAAUUUAUAUAGUCUUUAUUACCAUGUUCUCUUUCGCUUUAAAUCUUGUUGUGUAGGUACAUAUAAUUCACUGCUUUAUCAAGUUUUAGUAACCUGAUUAUUUUGUACUCCUACGAUGAAAAUUAGGAAUUUUCCCAUUAUGUGUGUCUCUCUUUUGUAUAUUGAAAUUAACUGUAAGGACUAAGAACAUCCAAAAGAAAUUUUGAGGUGUGAUCAUGUGUUGCAAUUUUUGUAUGUAAAUGUAUAUAAGCUGAGGGAGGUUUUAAUUGUUCAGUAGGAGGCAGUGAGAAGCAAGUGAUCUGUAUUAAUAUAGUUUAUUCUUUAACCAAGUGUGGAAGAAAGUAUCAUCACUAAUGUGCACUGCACAAUGUGUUAUCAACAACAUAGGUAUAAUUUUAUCAUUCUUUCCUCGAAGUGUAUGAAUUGUGUAUAGAUUAUUUAGAUGGAAUUUGAGGUUAAAUAUCUCUGAUGACAAUUGACCUCUAAUAUUCCUUUUAAUAAAGAUUGCCUUGCAAACAAAUAUUAAAGUGAUCAUUUCAAAUUAGGCUUUUAGUGUAAAAAUACCAUGAAGUAUCAUAUCUACAGGAACAAUAUUAAAAUCUUGGAGAUGUAAACCAAAGUUUGAAAAUAAUUAGGGGUUGGUUUCAAUGACUAUGUGUAUACAGCGAAUCUGUGCCCCACAACACAAACUCUAGAUGAACACAGCAUGACCAACAUACAGUGUGUACAAGGUAUAUACUGAAUGUACAGUGCAGCUAAUAAUAUUGUGUAUAUAGGAGACACACACAGCAGAAGGCAGUCAACACAGCCAACAGACUUUUUGAAUUGGAGAAAACUGGUCAUAAGCUGAACCUGUCUAAUAGACGGUUCUCAAAAUCAAGCUAAUGAAUUGCUACUUAUACCUAAAUUAAGAGUUUUCAUCCUAUAUUUUGGUCUGUUUCAGGGUUUUUGAGGACAAAUACAGGCACUCAUACAUAUAUUUCAUCUUGGUAUGAGAUUGUUUUAAAUCAGCUGCUCACAAAGUGAAACAGUCCCUUUAAUGCACGUCAUUCAUGUUUGAUGCUUUCUCAUAGAAUGUUUUCCCCUUCAAAUGUGAAACAAAAUAACAAAUAUCCAAUGUCAGUUCACUAACUGUAGUGUAGAUAUUUAACUAUCGAUAUUGAAAUCCACAGUUCCACUGAUAAACUGAAUACAUGCAUAUGAAUUCACUUGGCCCAUAGUAUAUUCAUGUACAACUUAUGGAAGUUAGACUGAAGUGCUCUUGUGUUAUUGUGAUUGUGUACAUGUAUGUUAAAACUAUUCUUCUUUCUGGCACAUCACAUGAUAUAGGAUUGAAUGAGAUGCUCUUGCAAUAUAUAAUAUAUUUUCUUGGUCAGAUUGGAUAAAGAUAUAGUUUGUUACAAUUUAUUAAAUUCUUGUUACUGAUAUAGGAUAGCAAUCAUCCAUAUUAGUUUUACAGCCUACAGGACCAGAAUGGCAUGUGUUCUCACUUCUCAGUUCAUAUUUGUCUAAAGUUGUGGUUUGACUAUGGAUGAUAAAAUGUGACACACAAUUCUAACAGCACACUUGAUAAUCAAAUAUGACUGUCUGGAGAUAAUUUGAACUUUGAAAAGAACAUUAUAAACCGAGUAGAAACGUACAAUGUAAACAAAAUGUUGACAUUUUCUGCUUUCCAUGAUUUCUGCACAGACUUGGUCCAUGGCCUAAGUAAAACCAGAAUAUAGAAUACAGGCCACUUUAUUUUUAUUUGGAUAUUAAAGCAUUUCUAGUUAAUAAUUCAUCAAGCAACAACUUUUUAUGGAUUUUUAUCCAACCCUUGGUAUAACUACCAGUUUGUUACACAAGAUCACAAUGUGCACAAUUAUACCAGCUUGUAUGAAAGAGAAGGAAUAUGCAUUGUAUGUAAAUGUAGUUCUUGUGUUCUGUAGAUUUCCAAAAGUAAUGUGUGGUGACUGUCUGCAAGAUAAAUUCAGAUAUGAAUACAUGUAUGUGCUAAUAGCUUUUAUAUAUUACAGCAUGUGUAAAGGAGAGAGAGAGAGCGAAGUUUUGGUUUUUGAUAAAUGCUUCCAAAUCAUUUCAUGUGGUUGUACAAAAGAAAAAAAAAGAAGGAAAAGGUAAAUAUCAGUCAUUACAAUUGGGAGUCCAGUAGCAUUCAAUAAUUAUUUUAUAAUUUCAUUGUUUUAUUUCGCUACAGAUUAUUUUGGGGAAUAUAUAUUGUGAAUACAGCAGUUAACAAAAACAUUAGUAAAACCCUUAACUAGAGAGUUGGAGCCAAAGUUUUUUUUUUCAUGUACAUUUAGUUCAAUAAUGCUAAUAUGAAUCAAACUGUUAAUGAGUUUCAAUUAAAGACUUUGACUACCACACACAA